AUGCUGUGGUUUAUUUUUCCUCUGAUGUCUGUUUGUGGCCUUCAGCCUGACUCUAAAGACACAGAGCCAAAGCCAAAGGCAGAGGCAAGAAUUGGUCGUGACACAGAGACAAAGCACCAGCAGGAUCGUGAAAGGGACCUGUUGACGUGCCAGCCGAGCCCAGUUGUAGCAGCAGUGGGAGAGGACGUCACUUUGGACUGCCACUUGAAGCUUCGACGCAAUGUGACGCACAAAACAGUUGAAUGGACAUUCAACGAGUCCGAGCUCGUCCUUGUUUACAGGAGUCGGGGGUUUUCUGCUAACCAGGCAGAGCGAUUCAAAGGCAGAGCAUCUCUGGACAGCAGUGGGAGUCUGUCGGAAGGGAAACUCCCAGUGAAGAUCUCUUCAGUGGGUAAAACUGACGCUGGGACGUACAGCUGCUCUGUUGGAACUAGAAGAGAACGAAUCUCCUGCAGUACUGAACUCAUCGUUGACACAGAGACAAAGCACCAGCAGGAUCGUGAAAGGGACCUGUUGACGUGCCAGCCGAGCCCUGUUGUAGCAAGAGUGGGAGAGGACAUCACUUUGGACUGCCACUUGAAGCUUCGACGUGAUGUGACGCACAAAACAGUUGAAUGGACAUUCAACGAGUCCGAGCUCGUUCUCCUUUAUAGGAGUCUGGGUUUUUCUGAUAACCAGGCAGAGCGAUUCAAAGGCAGAGCAUCUCUGGACAGCAGUGGGAGUCUGUCGGAAGGGAAACUCCCGGUGAAGAUCUCUUCAGUGGGUAAAACUGAUGCUGGGACGUACAGCUGCUCUGUUGGAACUAGAAGAGAACGAAUCUCCUGCAGUACUGAACUCAUCGUUGACACAGAGACAAAGCACCAGCAGGAUCGUGCAGGUGGUACAGACAACCAGAUCAAGAACAAAGCGAACCCAAGCGGACCUAUGUUUGCACUGGUGCUGGUUACGUUUACAUUCCUGUACUACUGAAGAACAAUACGUGUGCAAGGCAAAACUGGAGAGGACACAACAGGAAAAACAUGGACUGUUACUCUGAGGAGAAGCUAGGGACAAUGCUGACAACAGUCCUGAGUCUGAACACCAUGAGAAACACACCAGUGACACAAAUACUUAACUCUUGGUUCUUUGACCCAGCUGCCAAACGUUUAUUGCACUCAAACAUUUUUUAUCAGGUACUUCCAGUAAAACCUCCUGGCUGAUGGAUCGUUUUAUAUCAUGUCUAAAUCAUCACUGUUUGUUCAAUUAAGCUCUCAACUCUCAGCUGUUCCUCAAACUGUCUUUAACAAUCUGCUAGAGUCAAAAUGUCCAAAUGUUAACUAAUGUUUUUAUCUAAAAAGGACCAGACCAGACUGGACCAGGAUGUUUUAAACCACUGUAGGGAUGGAGCUGGUAUUUUAUUGUUGUAUUUGUGCUCGUUUUUGCCAUCUUGUGAAGCGCUGUACAACAUCAUUUUUAAAAAGCACUUUAAAGUAUUUAUUAUAUUUUUACAACCAUAAUCAGUUUUUUAAGCUGUGAAACAUCUGGACAUUGUUAAAGACACAUAUCCAAAAAUCUUCUAUCUUUGAUCGGAAAGCAAAUACUGCACAAAUUCUGCCCAGUUGGUUCAUUUAGCACUACUAUAGAACAAUUACUAAUUUUCUAUGUAUUUUAUAAUAAUUAUUUUUUAUGGAUGAUUUGUGUGAUUAAUUAAAUCCAUUUGACUCAA